CGCGGCGGUAACGCGCAGCCUCCAGGCUAGCUGCCCGGCCGCGGGCCGGCGCGAACGACUGCAAACCAAGCAGCGGCCGCAGCGCUCCGAGCCCUGCCGCCGGGGCAGCCGCCGCCUCCAACGGUAGGGCUGCCCCAACAGCUACUGAGCUCCCAGGAGUACCGGCCCCGGGCAUCGCUCCUGCGGUUGCGUAGGUCUCAGGAUAGCACCAUGGCGGACCUCGCCUGGUACCGCGCCUGGCUCGCCGACGCGCCCGUGCGCGUCUUGGACACCGUCACGUUGGACGGUCAGGGUCGACCGACGAACUGGUUCUACACUUCCAGUAAAACUGGAAAAGUCGCGACCAAGGACGCUCAUCAAUUAACUUGGCCCAAAAUUGGUCGACGAUUCGCGAAAUUCGCCUUAGCUUCCCAAGAAAACACGGGUCGACGCGUAGCCGUGCUGCUGAGGCAUGAUGGCGCGAGAGCGAUCUUAGGCGAGCAGGAGCUUGCUGCCGUCGCGCGGGCCGACGAUCAGACGAGAGCGACCAUGUUGGAAGGUGUGGGUGGCGUGCAAGUCUACUUGGGCGACGGCGACGACUACUGGUGUAGAUGUGAGGCUGUGGACAAGGUCGAUGGUGAAAGCAAGACCACGGCCGGUUUGGGCGCGUCGCCCUCACCCCUAGCUUCGCACGUCGACGACGCCCUGGGGAAAUAUACCCGUUCUCUGAGACUGAAAGCCAAAGAACCUUGCGUCGAAGCGCGAUUCGUGGCGGACGCGCACGGCCAGUUCUGGCUGUCUGAUGUCCAAAGGGCGGGCUGGUCUGGACCCACACAACCUGUGCAGAAGAAGCGUCCCUCUCAACAAAAAUCAAGGCCCAAGACCGGGGGCCAGAAAUUAAGGCCGCUGUCCGAAAAGGCGGCAAAGAGACGCAAGAAGAAGGACAUACCCGUCGAAUCUUCGAGGCCUAUCUUCGACGUGCACGACGCAGCAAGGCAACAAGCCAUAUCUGCAUCUUCCCCGAGAACCGCGGCGUCGCUCGCUCUGCCCACCCCGUGGGAGCAGGAAAUUCAAGCGGCCAAGCGGAAGCAGUUCGAGUUGUUGGCUUCUGCAAGUGAUGAACCGUCGCUCUUUGCGCCCCAUGAGGCCACGGUCAUGACGGAAGCGCCUCCUUUGGAGACUCCGAUGCCGCCGAAGCCGGGCAGUGCGCGGGCCUUCACUCAAGGGGUUUUGACGGAUCGCAUUACUACACUGGAAAAGCAGAUUGGGUCGUGUGAGGACCGCGCUUCGAGGGCGGAGGAAUUACGAGAUAAGACCCUGCAGAAGUGCCGCGAGUUGGGUUCUGAAUUAAGUAAUACGAAAGCAUCGUUGGAGGAGCAACUGCGAGACAAAGACGUGCAGUUGGAAGUCGUUACGUUACAAAUGGAGACCCUCAAGAAUACUAAAAACAUAAGUGUACCGGCACCGGUCAUCAAAACGGGCGACACGAAUAUCGACGAGGUACUUAGUAAGUUACAUAAGAAGGAGCAGGCGUUUAUAGAAGCGAAGCAGGCCUGGGCCCUGGAGCGGCAAGCUCUCAUAUCAGACAAACAGCGUACUAAUACUCAAAGCCAAUAUCAAUUACAUGUGCAGUCGAACGAGUUACGAGCUCAGUUAGCGGAGGCGGAGGACAAAGUACAGUCUUUGACCACAGAAUGUGCCGAAGCGAAGGCAGCUUUGAAGAUCGUGGAACAAGAUAACCACGAGUUGAGGGACGAGGUCGAGACGUUCCGAGCCGCGAAACGGGAACUCGGCGAAGGGUCGUCAACGGCAGGACAAGUCGCGAGGGGAGCCAUGUCCCUCGAGUUUGGGGCCGCGAAGCAGACCUUCGGUCCGGAUGACUCGUUGAUCACGGCCCAUACCGAUAAAGCGGAAACCUUGAGAGCUGCCGAAGCUGCGAAAGGUGAGGCAAAAAUCAGACAACUACAUAAUAAAGUAGUGUUCCUGAAAAGUUCGCUGGAGAUGGAGAUGGACGCUAAAAGCGCGCUGGAGAAAGAUUUGAGGCAAGCGAGGGCCAUGCUCCAACAAGAACGGGAGGAGAACGAACAGAGGCUGGCCGACGCCGUCAAUGAGCUCAAUUCCGCCGUCGAAAGUGCGGAAGCUAGAGCGCACUCCGCCGUCGCCGAGGCGCAUGACCGCGCGUCUCAUCUGGAGACGAAAUUAGCUUCCGCCCAAGCGGCUUAUAGCGAUGCCGUGCACGACGCCGGCGCCGCUCGCCGACGAGAGGAGCAGAUCAAGGGCGAACUAAGAAGAGAAAAAGCUGCCAAGGAGUUGAGGGAGAAGACCCUGAAAGAGCAGACGGAAAAACUAGCUCAGCUACGCAGUCAAGAGAUGGGUGAAUUGUCGUCGGAGGACCGCCAGCGCCAGGAGGAAAAAGCACUCAUAAGAAGGCUGGAGAACGAGAAGCAGUACUUGGCCGCGCAGCUAAAGUCCGAAGCGACUUGCAAGGGUGAGCUCCAAUCAGCCUUAGAUAAAGCUGAAGAACGGUUAGUUGAAACGGAAGCGCAAGGCCACAAAGCACUGCAGAACUCCCUCGAGAGCGUUCGUAAGAGUGCGGACCGAGCUUCGGCAGCAGAGAAGGAGUUGCGAGCCGUCAAGACAGAAAAGGAGGCCCAGGACGUGGCCCUCACGAAGCAGAUCGAGAUGCUGAAGGAUGCUUACACGAAGACGCGAGACGCACUGCGCAUCGAACAGCACCACACGGGACGACUCAAGAUCCAGGUGUCGGAGCUCAUGGACUCGGCGGGUUCUUUACGAGAACAAAUUGAGCGCCUCGAGCAGGAUCGCAAGGACGACCAGUCUCGAGCCUCGGAGGACAAGGACCAGUAUCUCAUAGCUCUCAAAGAUCGGGAGAAGCAGAUGCGUUUGGAAGCGGAGGAGUCUCGUAAGAAGUUGAGGGAGCAUCAUGAGCAUUUGCAAGAGGUUCGAGCUAAGGAAUUAGAACUGCGUCAAGAUUUCAUCGAGCUGCAGAAGAGCGUUUCUAAAGCUGGUCGGUUGGGUCUGGCUCUUGGAGCUGCUGGAGUCGGUUCGAACAAGCGCCAGAAGGCGCUGGAUGCCUUAGAGUCAAAAGUUAACGAUAGCUUCUUUGGCGACAAGUACCAGGUGCCCUGGCUGCGGCGAGAAGGGUGUAAGGCCUUUGCGACCUGGCGUAUAUUCGUGCUAAAGACGAAGGCGGCGGAGGAGAACCGCGCUAAUGUGGCGCAGGCGGUCCACGAGGCCCUUACGCGGUCUCGAGACGCGCAUGAGGAAUCUGUUGAGUCAUUAGUUGCUCGUUUGAAGGAGGAACGCGACGCGGCCGUCGCCUGCUCCAACGCCGUGUCGCUGUUAGAAGGUAUUGAGAUAGUAGAGCAGAAGAUGAGGGAGCGCGACGAGGAACGCGACACCGCGCGGGAAAUUUCCAGGGGCCAAGUCGACAAUUUGAAGAAUAUCAUCACGAAGGAGAAGGAGAAGGCCGCCCAAAUUGAUCGGGCUCGUUUGGAAUUGAAGCACUUGUUGAGCGAGGCCGAAGACGCGACAAAAAUAGCUCUGGCCGAAGGCGCGGAGCGCGCCGAGAAGGCGUCGCGGGCCUCAGCUUGUAAUUACGACUAUGCGGCGGCUCUAUUAGCGGCUCGUACCGCAAGGUGCAAGGCCUCGAUCUCCGCGACGAAGUUCGACCUGGAACGGGCACCGGCCGAGCUGAGGGAAGAGGUCCAGCGGUUAACAGAAGAAGUCGAAAAAUGUGACCAGUAUGCCGUACAUGCUGUUAGGGAAGCAGUGAAGGCCGCCGGCGCCUUCGAGGCUCUGGAUUCGGCGACGGGCGACAUUGCUGGAUAUAGACGGACGGCCGACUUGGCGGCCGACCGGGCCGGCGCGGCCAUAGCCUGCGCUGGGGCUGCGGCUCGCACCGCGGAGAAUUGUUGUUUAGCAAGAACCGUAGCUAUCAGGAGAGACGCUACGUUACAUGAACGUAGAGAAGUGACGAAGAACGCCGCGAGUGCUGCUUUGGAGCUCAAGCGUGUCAAAGAUGAGGCGUCGUCGGCGUUACUCGAGAAGCAGGAGCAGCUCGAGACGGCUAUCUACGCCAUCCACGCCGCCGAAGUGUCGGGCACGGCGGCUCUCGAAUUAAUCAAGCACGAGAAGCAACUGGUACGAGACGCGGUCCAAGAGAAGGACGUUCUGACGAAGAAGUGGGCGCGGGACUGGCACAAGUCGACGGAUCGGCACAAGGCGGCGGACGUCGCUUGUUUGGCCGUGCGAGCGGAAUUGUCAAGAGUGGAGUACGCCUUUGACGAGAAAUUUAACGAGGCGGAGAAGGCCGCGGACGCGUGCGCAAGGGCGGCGAUCGCCAACGCCAAGACGGAAGUUGCGGAGAAAUGGCGGAAAUCCGUGGCCAAUGCUGAGGAGAGAGGCACGGCGAAGGAGGCCACUGCUUGGCGGCGCGGGAUGGAAGAAAGAGAUGCCUUGGCGAGAAAAGAAACGGACAAACUCAAGGCGACGGCGGAGAAGGCUUUGAGUGAAGUGAAGCGCAGUGCGGCGCAAUCGCUGAAGGACGUGCAGGCCAAGACGAAGGCCGCGUUAGAAAAAGCUGCUCUCGCGGCCCAAGAGCGGGAGGAGGAAGCUGUGGCUCGCACGGAUGCCAAGGCUCGCAGAGAAGAGCGUUCUCUGCGCGUGGACAGCGAGCAGGCUAUUGUUGCUUGUAGUUCAGCUCGUUUGAAGCUCGAGGUCGAUCAACUGGGCGCGCUGCAUCGCCGAUCAGAACGUGCCAGAGACGUCAAGGAGGAAAAGUUGCAGGAAAGGUUCGAUGCCGAGCUUGAGAAAUUGCGACAGGCCGUCAAGUCCGAACGGGACCAUAACCAGCGUGAAUUGGAGACUUCCGAAAAGCUCCAGAAGCAGCAUCAAACGGCUCUGGCGUUGGCCGAUGAGAGACUAAGGGACGAGGUGUCGCUGCUCAUCAAGCGGGAAGCGGAGAAGACCGACGCGUUGCGGGCCUUUGAUGCCUGCUACGGCGCGCGCUUGCACUUGGAGGUGCUGGAUAUGAAGGACCUCGAGGCUGUCAAGUCGAAGAAGGCGGCUGUCAGCAAGGCGGUCGCGAAGGCCGAAAAACACGCGCAGGAGGUGCUCAUCCCGCCGCUUGUCGUGGCGUUGGACGAUGCGCAAGCGUUGUCUGCCGCCUACGAGGCGCAAUUGGCCCAAGCGUCGCGGCAGUGGGACGACGAGCGCGAUCGCGUCGUGGAUCUGCGCGGGGAAGUCGCCUUCCAGCGGAGGCAACACGCUCUCAGAGAGUGGCGGACGGCGGCGAAAGCCGUCGUGCAGGAGAAGAAGGCCGAGCAACGGGAAAGGAACGCGUCUCGGGCUGCCAAGGAGGUCGAGCGCAUGCUCACGUUACAAUUGCGCCGGACGGAGCGCAAGGCCGCUUUUGUUAGAACACAAUUAGAGGCGCAGAUCGAGGAGGGCGAGGCCUUCCGGGGACGGAUGCACGACACGCUUGUCAAUCAUGAGCGAGCGACGCUGGUGGCGCACAAACGGCGUUCUACCGAGUUAGGAAUGGAAUUGGAGGUCAUUGUGAGGGAUAGAGAUGAGCUGGAAGCGGAAAGGGACAAGAUCCUCGAAUAUGUGGAUGAGAUGCAGGAAUCUGUAAGAGCCAUCGAGCAGGCGAUUCACGCCCAUAGCAAGAACUCGGCGAUCUCGUCCGACGGUCGUGUGAAUGUUGCCCACGCGAAGAAGAAGAAGCGCAUGGACGACGACCAUGAGAUGCUCCUGUUGGGCGUCGAAAAACAAAGGAACGCGUUGUCGGAGACGGACGCUCGGUUGCAACGGUUAAAUGAUGCCAGAGAACGCAAGGAGGACGACAUGAAGGAGUUGGAGCGGAGGCUCGUCGAGUUGCUGGUCUCGCAGCAGAAGAAGCUGCUGGCGAUUCUCCAGGAAGCCGCUCAUACGACGCGCGAACUGGACGAGCGGACGCCGCGCGAAGGUGAAGAAGAGGCGUUCGCGAAUCGACGGGAGGGGGUGUACGCGAGCUAACGACUGGGGGUCUUGUGAUUUCUUUGUACUCAUGGGGCCUAGAAAAAAGGACUAACAGAUCAAAAU